AUGGCUGAUAGCCACCAACUACAAGGGCGUAUGCAGCAGCGGCCACAACGAGACCCAAGCGACUACAUUGAGAUUUUUCUACAGAGACUGGAAGCACACUUCAACGCCUUCUGGACUAAGUUGGAAGCCAAGACAGCGGCAUCCCAGAUGCAGACACCAGGCGGUGAGCAGUGAAGCAAACAGAAGAAUGGCAGGAGGCCCCCGACGCAAGCCACACAAACAUACUCAGCUAACCUACGUGGGCCAAAAACCGCCAAACAAACCUCAUACAUCCACAAGCCCAAAACUCCAGUGAACCACAGAACGCUGGGGCCGCAGGCCGAUAGGCGGGGUGCCCAGAACCUCCGUUCACACCCGCAAAAAGCACCUACCCAUCGCGACAAAAGAACGUCUGGCGAUGGACCCCAGAACAAGACUCUGUCAACGAGUGCAUGGAGGAAGAGCGAGGCGACAAAGAAGCACAGAGUUCCGACACAAGGCUGGUGGAGAUCAGCGAAGGUGCCCAUAGCCAGGACACAGCCUCCGUUUGGGACUCUGAUAGCAAGCGUGGGGCUUGGGUAAAACCGCCAAACAAGCCUGGGUGCAUUGAGGGUGCAGUGCUUUUGUUACUGUUCUGA